UUAGUCCCCCUUUGUGAUGAAACUUAUUGAAAAGGAUUGAACUGAUAGCGAUAACACUUAAAAAUAAAUGUGUGAUCAUUUGACUAUCAUUCAGAACGCUAUCGUUAGUGCAAUAAAAUAUAGUUUCCGUUAAUAACAAUUUAAUAUGUUUGAGUACGACCACGAGAAGGACGAAUACAACGAAGUAUUUUCCAGUGAAAGUAAAUCUAUAGCGCUCAACGAAUUUCGUUUUCCUAGAAGAAGUAUUUCAAUUUGUAGCUACAAAAGUUCAAGAUGCAGUAUUCGCAGCAACAGCAGCAUCAACAUAGCACCUCCAAUAAUAAGCAAAAGUGGACGACUCAACAUUUUCCAAGUCAGAGUACCUAAGAAAUACGUUACAUAUUUUCGAGAUUUGGGAAAUACGUUACUAAAUAUUCGUUGGAGAUGGAUCAUAAUUGCUUUGUUUCUCGUCAAUUUUGCAAGCUUUUUUCUUUUUGGGGUUUUGUGGAUGUGGAUAGCUUACCUUAGUGGAGAUUUUGAGAAAGAAGUCAAAGAAGAAUGCGUCGUCAACACCAAGAAUCUCACUGGUUACGUUCUACUUAGCAUUGAAACGAUGUUAACUAUAGGAUAUGGGUACAGAUAUCCUACCGAAAAGUGUAUACAAGGGUGGAUUGUUCCCUUCUUGCAAGCUUUAAUUAGUGUCGGUAUUCAAGGUGCACUAGUUAGUGCUAUAUAUGUGAAGAUUUCAAAACCCGUGAAGAAGAAUGUACUUGGUCUCUUUAGUAAGAAGGCAGUGGUUUGUUUAAGAAAUGGAAGACUAUGUUUCGUUGUACGAAUAGUAGAUUUGGUGGGGAAAAUCACAAUAGGAACCAACGUGACCAUGUAUUUUGUAAACAAAAAUAGCAGUGCAGACAUGUUAGAAAGCUUUCAGAUGCAACAAAUGAAAAUUGAACCAUAUGGGUUUCCCAUUCUUCCAAUAGAAAUCGUACAUGUCAUAGAUUCAAGUAGUCCUUUUUGGACUCUAACACCCUACGAGUUGCUAGUGAUUCCACUUGAAAUUAUUGUAGUGGCUGAAGGUACGUCGAUCAUCACGGCUCAACCAUCCCAAAACAGAACAUCUUAUUCAAAUUCGGACAUCAUGUGGGGUCACAGAUUUGCUUCCUGUGUGGAUUUUGACCGUCAAAAGGAGAGAUAUGUGAUUAAUUAUAAAAGCAUUAACAGUGUUUGCCCUUUUGAUGCGCCACUGUGUAGCGCGGAAGAACUGGAUAUUAUUGCAGGAGAAUAUGGUAUUGAUAAUAAUAAUACUAUCCUUAAUUCUGAAGAAUAAUACUUUGUACAAGAAAGGUUAAAACAAAGGUCUUAGCAAAUUUUUCAUGAUUACGAAUAUCAAAAAACACUACCACUGUUGCUAAACAAUAGUAACGAUAGAUUCGUCAUUUACACGUUGAUCACCUGCUCUUAUUGUACAUCUUUGUGUUUGUAGUAGAGGUUUUCAGAAAUGGUAGUAUUAAUUAUUAAACCCUAAUAUUUAUUCAAAUGUUUCUAUUGCAUAAAAAAUUUUGUAUACGAAAUGUAAUUUAUUAUUUUUAUUAAUAAAAUAUAAAAAAACGUUAA